AAAAUAAAAUAUGGCGUAUUACAGAUGACGAUGACAGAUGACAGCAUCCCAAGGUGUUCCAAGGUUUUUCAUAAUAUUAUCUUGUUUUUCAUCUGUCAAAACAUAAUAAUAUUUAUUAUUUAAUCAAUCUAAUUAUCAUAAAAUUAAUACUAGUUAUUUAAUUUAUCGAAAAAUAAAAAUGUCAAUUCGUGAUCCAGAUGAUUUGUUGACAUAUGGUGAUGAAAAUUUUGAUUAUUUAUUUAAAAUAGUAUUAAUUGGUGAUUGUGGAACAGGUAAAACAUGUGUUGUACAAAGAUUUAGAUCUGGCACAUUUAUUGAACGUCAUGGCAAUACAAUUGGUGUCGAUUUUUCAAUGAAAACAGUGAUGAUUGAUGGAAAGAGGGUGAAGCUACAAAUUUGGGAUACUGCUGGACAAGAACGUUUUUCUGGAAUAACACAAAGUUAUUACAGAUCAGCAAAUGGAAUUAUUCUUGUUUAUGAUAUAACAAAGAAAUCGAGUUUUUUGAGUGUACAAAAAUGGGUUGAAGAGGUCAGACGAUAUACAUCUUCAAGUGUUAUGUUAAUUCUAGUUGGUAAUAAAUGUGACUUGGAAAGUUUGAGAGAAGUUGAAACGAGUGAAGCUGAAGCAUUGUGUUCAUAUUUACCAGAAGUAUUACAUGUCAUUGAAACGUCAGCCAAAGAUAACAAAAAUGUAGACAAUAUAUUUUUUACAAUAGCAUCUGAACUAAAGAAAAGAUAUGAAAAUCGUCAGUUAGAAGCUAAAGAUGAUGAAAUUGUUAAACUUGGAGAUAGUCGUACACUGUCUUCAUGCUCAGGGUGUUCAUACAAAUUAUCAUAAAAAUAUUAACAAAAAAAAAAAGCACUCUUUGAACGUCUGUUUCAAAAUUAAAUACUGAUAAUUUUUAUUAAUCAGUAAAUAAUUAUUAAUAAUUAAAUUUAAAUCAAUUUAUAAAGGUCAUUUGACCUUAAUAUCAAUAUAAAAUUUCCAACGAAAUUUAAUUGACACUUACGCAAUGAAAAACAAAUUAAAUUGAGAUUUUUUUUUUUUAAUUGAAAAAAAAAGCUUUAAAUAAUUAACAUGACAAAUUUCAUAAAAAUAUAUAUUUUUUUAUAGUUAUUUAUUUUUUAUUAUUUUACAUUAAAAAUAGCUGAUAAUUAAAUUUAUAAUUAACAAAAAAAGAAAAAAACUUGAAAUAUAUUUUUACAUUUUAAAAUGAAAAAUAUUUUUUAUUUAUUCAUGGGGUUAAACAAUAACAAUUGAUAUUUUAUUUUUUAAAUAUAUUUAUUAUUAAUUUAUAAAUUUUUUUUUUUUUUUUUCAUUAGCAAGGAUACAUAGUAUUUAUUUAUUUUUUUUCUUCGUAGCAAAUUUAUGUACAAGGCACAUGAUUAAAAUAAAUUUUUGAAUUUUAAGAAAAAUAAUUUUUGUGUUCCCUGAGCAUUAAACUGGUCUAUUAAACAAAAAAAAAAACAAAAUAAAUUUCAUUUAAAAAAAUUGAUGAAAAAUUUUAUUUAUUAUUAUAAAAAGUUAAUAAUUUUAAAUUUUAUUAUUAUUUACAAUUAUUAUUUAUUAAUCAUUUCAUUCAUCCAUACAUGAAUCUAAAAUU